CGCGCGCGGCUCCAGGGCUGCCGCCGCCGCCGCCGCGACUCGAGGAGCGCGCGCCGCGCGUCGCGGACUGUCCCGCUCCUCGCGCGCGCCGUUCCGCGCCUCGCGCGCACACACACACCCCCACCACCCCGACACACACACACACGGUGCCCCGGCUCCGACCCAGCGCGGCGGAUCCAGCCUGAGCCCCGGCAAGGAAAUUAAGAGUUCAAGGAAAGCUUUAAAAGGGAGUUUCCUGGGAAGGAAAUCCUACUUUUGUGGGUCCUUUGAUGAAGAAAACCAUCUGAAUUGCCUGAUGUUUCUAUGGUAGAGUAACUUGCAUUCUUGCAGCACAGGAGGAAUCCUUUCCUGCAUUACAAAUUUGGAAGAAGUGUUAAAAAGCGAGAGUCGGAAAAUGGUUCUCUCAAAGAGGUGUGGAUAUAUCAGGAUGUAGCUACUGUACAAAGUUUAUACUUGGAUAAUUCUGGACAAGAAAAAAAAAAGCCCCAUUCCUGACCUCCUGAAGAGGCUACCAUCCAAGCCUUAGCAUAAUGAAUACUUUCCAUCACGCGGCACUGAAGGUACCACCUCCAACUACUAUGCUGCACAGAAGAGUUUGUAAGAGUUACAAAGAAAGCAAUUCCUGCUAAAGGCAUUAAACCAAACAAAAGAGGCUCUUCAUUCACAGACUUUACAUGAGGACAAAAAUAGAGGGAAGCUGAAGCUUUUCUACUCCCUGGCCUGGUGUGCUUAUGUACCAUGAUAAAUCUUGGUUGGAAUGCUCAUUGAGUAUCGUGCCAGGAGCCAGGAAACACACACCACAGAGAGGGACUGUCUGAGUAAACACCGCCGAGGAAAACACAGCUCCAUGGAGUAAACUGUAACAGUGACUCGUGAGAAAGACAUUCCUUUACUGGAUAUCCUCAAGCACAAAAUUUACUCAUACCUUUAAAUACGAUUGUUGAAGAUCAGAACUCUAUACAAAUCUCACCAUUCCUGACCAUGAUUAGUGUAACCUGGAGCAUCUUCCUAGUUUGGACUAAAAUAGGGCUGUUACUUGACAUGGCACCUUUUUCUCAUAGUGCCAAACCGUGCCCUUCAGUAUGUCGCUGUGAUGUGGGUUUCAUAUAUUGUAAUGAUCGCAGUUUGACGUCUAUUCCUACAGGAAUCCCAGAGGAUGCUACUACCCUUUUCCUUCAGAACAAUCAAAUAAAUAAUGCUGGGAUUCCUUCAGAACUGAAGAACUUGCUUAGGGUGGAAAGAAUAUAUUUAUACCACAACAGCCUUGAUGAAUUCCCCACUAACCUCCCUAAGUACGUUAAGGAACUGCAUUUGCAGGAGAAUAAUAUAAGGACCAUUACUUAUGAUUCACUUUCACAAAUUCCUUAUCUGGAAGAACUGCAUUUGGAUGAUAAUUCUGUUUCUGCUGUUAGCAUCGAGGAUGGAGCUUUUCGGGACAACAUCUAUCUCAGACUUCUUUUCCUCUCUCGAAAUCACCUUAGUACCAUUCCUUGGGGUUUGCCUAAAACGAUAGAAGAGCUACGCUUGGAUGAUAAUCGCAUUUCCACGAUUUCAGAGCUGUCUCUUCAAGACCUUACAAAUCUAAAACGCCUUGUUUUAGAUGGAAAUCUUCUAAAUAAUCAUGGAUUAGGAGACAAAGUCUUUAUGAAUCUAGUCAAUCUUACAGAACUGUCAUUGGUCCGCAAUUCGCUCACGGCUGCACCAGUAAAUUUGCCCGGGACAAACCUAAGAAAGCUUUAUCUUCAAGAAAACCACAUCAACCGUGUGCCACCCAAUGCUUUCUCCUACUUAAGGCAGUUGUAUCGACUAGAUAUGUCCAAUAACAAUCUUAGCAAUUUACCUCAGGGUGUCUUUGAUGAUCUGGACAACAUCACUCAACUGUUUCUUCGCAACAACCCUUGGCACUGUGGGUGCAAAAUGAAAUGGGUACGCGAUUGGUUACAGUCAUUGCCUUUAAAAGUUAAUGUACGUGGACUGAUGUGUCAGGCACCAGAAAAAGUACGUGGAAUGGCUAUCAAAGACCUCAAUGCAGAACUAUUUGAUUGUAAGGACGAUGGUAUGAUAAGCACCAUCCAAAUCACUACUGCGGUACCAAACACACUAUACCCGGCGCAGGGACACUGGCCGGUUUCUGUGACCAAACAGCCAGACAUCAAGACUCCGAACCUAAAUAAAAACUAUAGAACCACAGCAAGCCCGGUACGCAAAAUCAUUACAAUAUUUGUGAAAUCUGUAGGCACGGAGACUAUUCACAUCUCCUGGAAGGUUGCACUACCAAUGACUGCUCUAAGACUGAGCUGGCUCAAGAUGGGUCACAGCCCUGCCUUUGGAUCUAUAACUGAAACAAUAGUUACAGGUGACAGAAAUGACUAUUUGCUUACGGCUCUCGAACCAGAAUCACCAUACCGUGUAUGCAUGGUUCCCAUGGAAACCAGCAACAUCUAUCUCUCUGAUGAAACACCCGAAUGCAUCGAAACAGAGACGGCACCCCUUAAGAUGUACAACCCUACCACCACCCUCAACCGGGAGCAGGAGAAAGAACCUUACAAAAAUCCCAGUUUGCCCCUGGCUGCCAUCAUUGGUGGUGCGGUGGCACUAGUGGCCAUAGCGCUGUUGGCCCUGGUCUGCUGGUAUGUCCACAGAAACGGGUCCCUGUUCUCCCGGAACUGCACCUACAGCAAGGGACGCCGGAGAAAAGAUGACUACGCUGAAGCGGGAACCAAGAAGGAUAACUCCAUUCUAGAAAUCAGGGAGACUUCUUUCCAGAUGAUACCAAUAACCAACGACCAAGUAUCCAAGGAGGAAUUUGUAAUACACACCAUUUUCCCACCUAAUGGCAUGAAUCUGUACAAGAACAGCCACAGUGAAAGCAGUAGUAACAGGAGCUACAGAGACAGUGGUAUUCCAGAUUCAGAUCAUUCACACUCAUGAUACUGAAGGACAUGAAAGACUGGUUCGGGUUUUGUUGUUUUUUUGGGUUUGUUUUGUAUUUUAAAGAAAACAAGAAAAGACUGACUUAACAGUUGCUGUUCUACUGCAAAACACUGGAUUAAAAGACUGACAAAGCAAUGUACUGUACAUUUGCCAUAUAAUUUAUAUUUAAGAACUUUUUAUUAAAAGUUUCAAAUUUCAGGCUACUGCUGCGAUUAAUGUAGUGGGGAUACCUGACCACAAUUCUAUAUUUUAGUAUUUUUUAGUAAUUUGUACUGUAUUUUCCUUGCUAAUAUACAAGUUACAGACCAUUUAACUUUUGUGUUCUACUGAGUAAGAUGACUUGUUGACUGUGAAAGUGAAUUUUCUUGCCAUGUCAAGCAGUCAGAACAUUCAUCUGAGAUCCUUGUAAGUGUAAGCACAGGCCAUUUUUCACUUUGGUAUCAAUAAAAUAAUGUUGAACCUGACAAAUAAGGAAGAUCAAGAAGCAGUUGCAAAAACUUACAGAAUUUUUAAUGUUUGGUCUAUCAAAUCUGUAAACCACAAAAAUAUUCAAUAAACAAAAUUGCGUGUAGUAAUGGGCAAUAUCAGCUGUCUAGAUAAAUCCAUUCAACAAUGGUGAAAUCCAAAAGAAAAUAGUCAGAUCAAUGACAUGCAUGAGACUGAAGCUGUGGACAUGUUAAAAAAACUGAUCCCUGGAAGAAAGCAUAAUCAAAUUCCUAACAAGGGAUUUUUAAAAGACGUGCUAUGCUCGACAAACCAAGGGGGUAGAUGUGGUUUAAGGAUAGAUUUCUGGUUAUCAGAACCAGUAGUAUGCUUAUUACAGAGAAAACAGUGAUGGAUGGUCACAGGCAUUUGGGAGGCAAGGGCAGGAGGAAAGAGACAACGCAUAGAAACCGCUUUGAACAGAAAAAGGCUUGAAAGUGCAGUUUGAUAAGAAAAAAACGUGGAAAAAAAGCAGGCAAUACAAGCAAGGUAUCAAAAACUUUAGUCAUUAAGGUGACAAUUGGGGAAUACAGCUCUUUUAAAGCAUAUAUUCAAACAGUAUACAGGUAUCUGUUCAAUGUACUGCCAUUACAGUCGGGAAUACUGCCCAUUACUGUCACAGUUUUUCCAGAAAUUCCUUGAUAAAUCUGUAAGGUAACAUGUUUCUUUCUGCCUUCCUACUGAACUAUGAGCUAUUUCAUGUUUAAACCCCACACCAUUCUUUGUUGCCAUAAUCAUUUGUUUCUUCAACUAAAAACCAAAGUGCUUUGUACGCCCUUUGGCCAGUCUUGUAUGUGCCUUGAUCCAACGCUACAUGUAUCAAGCUUUUAAAAAACUUUAAAAAGAAAAAAGGAGAAAAAAAUAAAAUACCCACUUUUUCAUAUAUAAUUUAACUAUGAAAAACAUUGGUCUUGUCGAUGAAUAAAGUUGGAAAAACUAGUUCAAAAUAAUGCCACGCAUCUGCAGUGCACUGAUAGGAAACCCUCUCAGAAACUAUUUGCUACUGUUCAGGUCAUGAGCUUCACCUUUUUCUUUGUUCAACUUGACAGUAUCCCGCUUCCAAGGUUUCCUUAUUAUUAAUUAUUUGGAAAACAAGUUUUUACAACUUUGAAGUGUGUCAACAGUGAAAGGGAGGGAAGGCAUAGAGUUAAAAUCUUUUUUUCAACAAAGAGCAAAUAAAAAAAUAUUUUGGACAAUUUCUCAGACAAGGAAUGUAUACCAAAUGCAAUUCAAUUUUAAGAGAAUUUUAGCAGUUCUUGACCUAUCAGUUUCCCUAAGAGGGGUAAAGAAUGGAAGAUGACAACAAAAAACAGUGGCAAACACCGAGACUGAUGAUUUCAGCAGUCAGCCUGCACACAAUUCUGCCACGGAUCCAUCUGAUCUGCAGACCCAAAACUUCCAGUAAAACACAGCUCUCUUCAUCCUCAUUUUCCAGAUGCAUCCAGGGAAGUUUCUCUCCAAACUUCCUGUGCUAUUGUACUGUUUCCUCAACCUCACCUUCAAAAAUGCCUCCCGCAGUUUCUGAGCAGUGGAGGAGUCCUAGAUGGAGGAGCAGAACUGUGCUUCCCUACCAAGCUUACGCAAAUCAUGUCCUCUUCACACCAAGCAUUGAUUGGAGCCACGAUACCAAAAGUAAGAGAAAGGGGCAUGUUAAACUGAACAACUAUGUGCUCAGCUUAGUGUAAUGAACUAAACAAGACUGUUCUGGCUUAUUUUCCUAUCAGAUACAAAAAGAAAGUCAAGAUUAAGCACAUGGAGCUCCAUUAUGUUCAUGUGCAAUAGGUUUCCCAAACAGUAAGCUGGAACGGAAAACCAAUAUAGAUGGAGGAGGCAGACCUGUUUUUCAUCUAGCUAUAUCAGCUAGCUAUAUCAGCUAGCAUAUAGGGACAGAGAUAUAUUUAGUGGCUGGGUCACUGGCAAUAGAUCACUAGUUCUUUGCCAUCAGCUCCCCGAUAACAAAAACAGGUUUUGCUGGAUUUCCAAGCUAUUUACAUAAACCCCUCUCUCCUAGUUGGCUUAAAAUUUGUGUUGUUAAAAGGGUAAAAUAAUACUUGGUAAGUACUCUGCCAUGUCUCUUCCAAGGCACCUCAGCCAGAGGUAGCCUAGUAAGAGGACAUACCAUCUGCGCAUCUCAGGUGAUGCCAUGCAAAGGUCAUAUGGGCUAUAAAAAAAAUGCCAUUUGAGGAAGAGAUAAAUGCAUGUGAAUCUGAAGUAUGAGGACUUUUCACGUAAAAUUUACAUACUGUGAAGCAGUAGUAUGCAUAUCCAAAGCAGUUAAGUUGGACCAGUUGGCCCUGGUUCACCUCCACCACAAAGAGUGAAAAGCUGGACAAGUGAUUCCACCCUCUACAGAGAACCACACCAGAUUUGCAGGGAGAGCUGGUGUCCUCCUACCACAAUGGAAAAAAUGGCACAUUCACGCAUACAAGAUCUUCUUUAGAUAAUAUACCAGAACUUUUAUGCAACAUGCAUAAUAUUAAGAUUAAUUUGGCAAGUAAAAGACUGAUUUCAAACUAAAAUCUGUGUUUUUUCUUUGGAUAUUUAUACAAACUUUUAUGAUGCUCCAUGUCAUGAUGGUCUCCUCAAGACUCUUCUACCUAUCAAAGUGCGGCAGGUAAAGCAGGCCAUGCUCUCUACCAUGCAUAAAUCCACUCUAUUAGACAGUUACAUACAUACACAAAUCGGAUUACACAUUGAGCAGUUUACUCAACACAUUUAUCAAAAUAACAUUUAUCCACACUAAAUUAAUCUCAAAUAACUUUCCAAUUCCAUCUUAUUUCAAUGUAUUGUUCAAUAUUUAAUUGUGGAGUUUUUUUCAACAUUGCCUAAAUCUGUGCAGAGUUAAUUUAAUCAGCAUCCUCCAUAUAAAGGAUACUUAGCAUAGUAUUUACACGUUCUUUAUUAUCAUCCCCCUUUUAAUUUUAUUUAUAUUGCUAUCCUGAAUUGCUCACAGUUCUGUUUUAACCUGCAAGCCGACUCCAAAACACCCUGGUACUUUGGAAAACAUAUUAAUUUUGUCCCAUCUCAGUACCUUCCAGAACUAAAUUUGCUUCAUUUAUAAGCUAUUAUUUCCUAGCUUUGUACAACAGCCUGAAAUGUAACAACUGUUG